AUGCUGUUCAAGAGGGAGGCGGAGACCAAGACUUCAACCAAGACUUCAGCCAAUCUGGUAGGCCGCCAGCGAGCAUCAAAAUCACCACCGAGAUGCGUUAGCAAUCUGGCCCUCAGCGAAGAUGAUAGUCCUGAGGAACACGGAGGAGACCCAGACUUCCAGGCUGGUGAGCAGCGAGUGCCGCAUCCCGGCCAAGACAGUGUGGAAUCCUCGCUGUCGGCCAAAUCUCAAAACUUCUAUGACACCAACUACGAUGCUCUCCGCCCUCUCGCUUCCUAUCGACUUCUUCACCAGCCAUGUCGUUUGGCGGCAUCAUCUAUCGGAGGUCACUUGCGAAGGGGACCGCAGCGAGAUACGCCAUCGGUGCCUCAAGACACAAGGCGCGAAGCCCAUCGAGCCACUGCUUCUGAAGCGAUUCGGAAGUGA